AACAUAGCAUGGCGGAAAAGUGAAGUCCCCUUUGCAUGGGAGCUUACAGUCGAAUGGACCUCACCGCAAGUUGUUAGUAUCAUUUGUGCCUCGUAAAAACUCACUGCUGUCCGUUUAAAUGUUUUGCCUUUUUCAGCGUAUGUCUGUAACUUAAUUAAGAGAAUGCGAAACUUAACGAGUUUCUGUCAGCUACUUUAUACAUUAUUCUGAGGGAGCCCGUCUUUACUGUGUCAUUAUAAUGAGUAGUUAAAAACUGUUUCUUUGUGUGUAAUCUUCAGUGGACCCAUGCUUCAGAGAUUAAGGAUAUGAUGGCACUUUUUAUGAUGGCCAGACCACUGGCACUGAGGCUGCAUUUCCUGAGCCAUUUGGAUGACCAGAUCCUUCCAUCACUGAAAGCAUGUGUUGUUAAGCGUCUGUCUUCUCCCGGUCUCCGAACCUCUACUGUCUGCGUUCCCACAUGUUCCAGCCUCAGUCCAAGGGGCGUAUGCACCACAAAACGAGACCCAAUGUUCCUUGUUGCUGGAUCUGUUCGCCCUUACCAGGAGCUCCUCCCCAGUGGAAGUGGUCUGUCUUUGUUGCACCACCUGACUUCUGAUGAGGACCACACAUUUAUGAAACGACUCACCUCCUGUACUUCAUCUCAGCAAGUUCUUCGUCUCUUGCGAUCUUACCCUCUCCUCUCAGGUGCAGCAGCAGCAUCUAUACUUCACCGACUGGCAGACUUGGAGCAUGAUUCCGCAUGUGGUCUUUGGAAACCAGAGACACUGCUAUCAGAUGUGGGCCUUAAUAAACUUUGCCAAACACUGGAGCAUGAUUCAGCCAGAUUACAGGAUGAGGUAUUGGUUAGAGCUCUCCUGGGCUGUACACGUCUCUACCUUGACCCUCAGAGCCGCCUAGUGCUAAGGCUGGUGUUCGAAAGUCAAAAGAGACUGAAUUUGGAACGGCUCAGUGUUGAAGCGCUAUGUGGGUUAUCAAGGGCUUUAUUUGCAUUGGAAGGCCCUAACAGUGGCAUGAUAAAACAGGCUAUGAGUCAGCUCCAAAAUAAAGAUACAGCUCAAUGGAAUACGGCAGAGCUAGUUGCUGUUUACUCUAUGCUAGCAACUGGUUUGGGUGAAGAUGGAUGCUAUCUGGAGCUUCUAAAUGAAAUUAAUGCUCAAGCACUUCAAUUAGUGCAACAAAUGGGCCCAGGGGCGAUUAGCGAAAUUCUAGGUGCUUUAUUCAAAUUGAGACAUAAGGAAGCAUUACCACUUGUAAUUGCACUUUGCAAGCAAGCUGUCCAUCAUGUGCAAAAUUUUGCAGAUCCAGAACUGAUUGUGGUGUUGUCAGCACUUAUGCACUAUGGACACAGUGACCACUUUCUUGUGGAAGCUCUUGAGCGCCAUGUGCCCAAGGUUGCCUUUACUGCUCAUGCAGAAACCGUAACCAAGGUGAUGCAGUUUUUCCGGCGAUGGCGCAUUCUUUCUCCACCUGUUUUUAACACGGUGGCUGAGAGUUUUGUGUAUCGUGCAGAGGAGUACUCAACAUGGCAGGUGUCACAACAGAUAGCUGCACUGGGAGUUUUGGGAUACCUGCCACCUGAUGCUGGGAGAUUGUUCCAAAAGGUGGAGUCUGUUUUGCAUGCCCGGUUUUCCCAAUUUCAGCCCAGAGCCCUGCUAGACCUACUGUAUGCCUGUACCCUUCUACAGAGAUACCCACUUAACUUUGUCUCAAAAGUCUUCAGCCCUUACUUCAUGCAACAGCUACAGGGGGAGGAGGGCAGUGGGAUAGAUCACAGAGUGCUUGCACAGCUGACCCAACUUUACAUGACUGUAAAGCUCGAGUGUCCAUUUUAUGAUGGACCACGACUUUCGCCGAAGUUUCAAGUAAAGUCAUUUUUGGCUUCUGGACAGUCUUUGGAGACUCCGGUGGAACCUCAUUUCUAUAAUGCUGUGAAGUCUGCCCUAGUGGAUCUGCUGGGAGCUAAAUCUUACUUUGCUUCCAGAGUACUUACACCAUGUUGUUAUACGCUAGACAUUGAGAUAAAACUAGAUGAAGAAGGGUACGUCUUGCCUGCUUCGCAUACAAAUGAAGUCCAUAAAAGAAUUGCUCUCUGUAUUGACGGGUCAAAGCGCUUUGCAGCAAAUGCAGAGAAACUACUAGGCCAGGAAGCCAUCAAGCAGCGUCACCUGAGGAUUCUGGGAUAUGAAGUUGUUCAGAUUUCAUACUAUGAAUUUGAGAAACUCAAGGAUAAAAAAGAGGUUGUGGAAUAUCUGCACAAGAAGAUCUUUCCUCACAGCUACAGACUCGGCUGGUGAUAUCUGGAUUA